AUAUUUGGAUGAAAUGCUGGCUGUAUCGACGUCCCGGACGUCCUGCGCACGCUCUGUGGAGCUCUCCCGGAGAUUUGCUGACAGGUCAAUCGAAGCCUCCAUCUUCGAGUGCAUUCUCAGUACCGAUUAGUGCAUCCAACAUAACACAUUGCAAUUUUGUCUAGUGAUUUUUAAUUUUGGUGUUUGAUUCUCUCAAAAGUCAGGUACCCAAGGUUUAAUACACUACAUCGAAAAUGGGCAAAGAGAAGACUCAUAUUAACAUCGUCGUAAUCGGCCACGUAGACUCUGGCAAGUCUACCACUACCGGCCACUUGAUUUACAAAUGUGGUGGUAUUGAUAAGCGAACCAUCGAAAAGUUCGAGAAAGAAGCGCAGGAGAUGGGCAAAGGCUCAUUCAAGUACGCCUGGGUACUGGACAAGCUGAAAGCGGAACGUGAGCGUGGUAUCACUAUUGACAUCGCUUUAUGGAAGUUUGAAACUGCUAAGUACUAUGUGACUAUUAUUGAUGCUCCUGGUCACAGAGAUUUCAUCAAGAACAUGAUUACUGGUACUUCGCAGGCCGAUUGCGCCGUAUUGAUAGUAGCUGCAGGUACAGGCGAGUUUGAAGCCGGUAUUAGUAAGAAUGGGCAGACUCGUGAGCAUGCGCUGCUCGCCUUCACGUUGGGCGUGAAGCAAUUGAUCGUAGGCGUCAACAAGAUGGAUUCCACCGAGCCUCCGUACCACGAAGCUCGCUAUGAGGAAAUCAAGAAGGAGGUUUCCUCUUACAUUAAAAAGAUCGGUUACAACCCGGCCACCGUGGCCUUUGUGCCGAUCUCGGGCUGGCACGGCGACAACAUGUUGGAGCCGUCCGACAAGAUGCCCUGGUUCAAGGGAUGGACCAUCGAGCGCAAGGACGGCAAAACCGAGGGCAAGACCCUCAUUGAGGCGCUGGACGCGAUCCAGCCCCCGUCGCGGCCCACGGAGAAGCCGCUGCGCCUGCCGCUGCAGGACGUGUACAAGAUCGGCGGCAUCGGCACAGUGCCCGUCGGCCGUGUCGAGACCGGGAUACUGAAGCCAGGUAUGGUGGUGGUGUUCGCCCCGGCCGCCAUCACCACGGAAGUGAAGUCUGUGGAAAUGCACCACGAGGCGCUGCAGGAGGCCAUGCCCGGCGACAACGUGGGCUUUAACGUCAAGAACGUGUCCGUGAAGGAGUUGCGUCGCGGCUACGUGGCUGGUGACUCCAAGAACUGCCCACCCAAAGGAGCCUCUGAUUUUACUGCUCAGGUGAUCGUGCUGAACCACCCGGGCCAGAUCAGCAACGGGUACACGCCCGUGCUCGACUGUCACACCGCACACAUCGCUUGCAAGUUCGCCGAGAUCAAGGAGAAGUGCGACCGUCGUACCGGUAAGACCACCGAAGUGGAGCCGAAGUCGAUAAAGUCCGGUGACGCGGCCAUCGUGACGCUGGUGCCGACCAAGGCGCUCUGCGUCGAGUCGUUCCAGGAGUUCCCGCCGCUCGGCCGCUUCGCCGUGCGCGACAUGCGUCAGACCGUCGCUGUCGGUGUCAUCAAGAGCGUGACCUUUAAGGAGGUGACUACAGGUAAAGUCACCAAAGCCGCCGAGAAGGCCCAAAAGAAAAAAUAACUAUUGGGCUGUCUAAAUAACGUAGCGCAGCCAGUGUCCGUCGUCUGCCCGGCUUCCCCCCGCGCUCCCCCCCGCCCCCCGCGUCCCCCGCGGCCGCCCCGCCCCCCGCGCCCCCCGCCGCGCGCCGCCCGCCGCCGCGCGGCCUGCUUGAUGUUGCUCCCCAAACGGCCGCCAGAUGACGCCACGGUUGCCUCGAUUAAAAAAAAAUUCCCAAUAUCGAUGUUGUAUCGUAGUCGUGAGCCCUUAGUGUACUCACACGAUCGGAGCUUCUUAACUGGUGAUUUCACACACGUUCCCGACUCUUGCAUUUAUCAUAACAAGAUACUCGUUCGUUUUAGUUACACGUAUGUGCUAAGUUUAUGUCUCUUUAAUUAUUUUAGUCGUAAGUUAUUUUCCAAGUUUGAAUUUCCGUACUUGAAGGCUCGUUAUGUCUUAAUUUUUCAUCGUAAAGAGUUCAGGAGGAAAGGCAAUGGAGGACUGAUUGAAUUUUUAAACCGUUUCACCUCACUCGUCACUUUGUCAUCUUUGUAAAUUUCACUUCAUUUUAUACCUAUUAUUCCUUGUUAUAAAUUUAUAUAUGUAACUUUUAAUUUAGAUUUAAAGUUUCAAGUCCUGAAUUGUUUAUAUAUAAUAAUUACCAUCUUUGUUUAAAGUAGUGUCGUCCAUUGUUUUUCUAUUUAUUCAUUUUAUUCAAUUUGUGGCGAUAUAAAAAAUUUUAAAAUUACAUUUAAGAUUAGAUGUUAUUUUCUUACGGUGUUGAAAUGUUUAAGUAGGGAGGAAACAUCAGAGAGUAAAAAAAGAUGGCAUCGGUUGUGAACCAGCGCCAUAUUGUUGGAAUUAAGGGUAUAAUAAUUAAGCGUUAUAAACGUUUUGAUAGAUAUUUGAUGAACUUUAUAUGUGAUUUUGUUCCUAGUUUGACCUUAUCUAAAAUACAUGUUUAUAUCGUUCAGUUACAUUAGAUAGGCAAGUGUAAAGGUUUAAAUAUUCAAUUGUGACGAUUGUAUGAAUUCUUGGAUUAUGUACGGAAACAACUGGAAACUCUUUAUAAGCUAAAUGUAUCUUAAUAUUUUCAAUAAUUUUGUAAAGACCUUAUUCCUGAUAAAACCAAUAAAGAAGCUACUGGUAUAA